CGACACGACACGACUCGACACGACACGAUAGGACGCGACACGAGUGGGGAAAGUGAAGAUACUGAAGAGUGAGACAGUUGGUUCCCCAGCCUGUGAAGCCAGGAUAAGACCAUGUGGGUACUGGAGAAGAUCCGCGGAUCAGUAGAGAGUAACGUGCUACGUCAUGGCGAGACUGGAGACAAACAGGGCAAGGCCCCUGUUUACAGCAAUGUUCUGACCCCCGACAAAAUCCCAGACUUCUUCAUCCCGCCCAAACUGGUGAGCUGCCCCCCAGAGGGGGAGACGCCUGAUGUCAAGCCCAAAGAAAGAUUGCGGCCCUCCAGCUCAGAGCAGACCAUUGGCAGCAAGAAACCGCAGGGGAGUCCUCGCAGCCCUCGUCUUGUCAGUAAGCUGGCAGGGGACACCAAAAACCUGCUGAAGGCAGCCAACCGCCAUAUUAUCCAGAUCGAGAGUGCUGAUGAUACAGUGACUGGGGACACCAAUGCUGACCCGCAGUCACAGACAGCCAUGUCUCUGCCUUACGUACCAAAGACACAAACUUCCUAUGGCUUUGCCACCCUGAUGGAGAGUCCUCACACACGUCGGAAGGAGUCCCUCUUCCACAGUGACCACACCAGUCCUGCCACCUCCCCCAACUCCCAGCGCAGGAGAUCUACGGCCAGGAGCAAUGGUGAAGGCCACCACCUGAACCCAAAUGACUUCAGCACCUCGCACAUCAACCCCUACCGUUACUUUAGCGGUGGCGAGAGUGACACCUGCUCAUCAGCCGAGUCCUCACCGUUCAGCUCUCCGCUGCUUUCACGCUCUGCCUCACUGCUCAAGAUCUUUGGCCACGAGACGCAGGCCAAGGUGGUGAAGGCCAAGCGUACCUUCGCCCGUCACAGCUCGCUGUCCACAGACGAGUGCAGCUCCGCUGAACCCAGUCCCAGUGUGCAGCGGAGAAUCCACUGUUCCGCUGCUCGUGGCAGCCUUGGUGGGGAGCACUCGCAGAGUCCGGACCGGCAGCACCGGGAGCACACCAUAAAUCUGCACAAGAGAGGCACCCUUCGGCUGUACGUGGACUACGAUGCCGGCACCGCCCGGCUGCGCAUCCGUGUGCUGGCGGCAGAGGACCUGUAUGACAAGCUGUUUGACAUCAAGAGCAUCAACUGCUGUGUGGCGCUUUACUUGAACCCCGGCAAGCUGCAGAAGCAGAGGAGCACCAUCAUCAAGAACAGCCGUAACCCUGUGUUUAACGAAGACUUCUUCUUCGACUCAGUGCCCUCGGUGCAAGUGAAGAACUUGGCUGUCAAGAUCAAGGUAGUGAACAAAGGGACCAGUCUUAAAAGGGACCUGCUGUUGGGCGAGAGGGAGGUUCCUCUGGGAAAGCUGCUUUCUGGGCUCUAGAGGUGCAGGAGAUCUGAAACAAGACAAGGGGGAGGUGGCAAGGAGUUUUGAACUGACCUGUUCUGGGAUUCGCUCAUCUCUCAGUGAAGAAUUCAGUACUUUCUUGCCACAGGUUCCCAGGCACCAUCCAGCUGUGCAAGCCUGCAGAGUUUAACUUCCGGAAGGGGGAAUGUGAAGUUGAUUAUUGUGCAGGUCAACGGUUCCUGUGGUCUAUAUGUAUUUGUGCUUGUGUUAAACUUGCUUUUGUACCAUGUCUUUGAUAGAGCUUAUUUAAAUAUGGGUUCUCGUGCAAUGUGGCACAGCCAACGGGGACCACAGCAUACACGUGCACAGGUGAGUUUAAAUGGGGGAGACACAUCCUUUGAACAUGAGGAACUUUGAAGUCUGAUCGUAAUCUGAUGU